CAAACACAGAUUUAUUAACUACAGUUCUGGAGGUCAGAAGUCUGCAUUCUCAGCACUAGUCAAGCUAUUGGUGGGACUGCGUUCCUUCCCAAGGCUCUGGGUGAUCAUCUUUGGCCUUUUCCAGCUCCCUAGAGGCCACCUACAUUCUUUGGCAUGGGGCCCCUUCAUCUUCAAAGACGUGUCUGACUUCUGCCUCUUUUGUCCUAUCUCAGACCUCAUCCUCCUGUCUGGCUCUUAUUAAGACCUUGAUGAUUCGUUCAGGGCCACCGCGAUAAUGCAGGGUAACCUCCCUAUCUCAAACUCUUUAACUCCUACCUGUGAAGUCCCUUUUGCCGUGAAAGAUAACAUUCACAGAUUCCAGGGAUUAAAGAUGGGGACAUCUUUUGGGGGCCUUUAUUCACCCUGUCCCUUGACCUGUGCUUCCCACUUCGCUGAGACACUAAAGCCUGCCAGGCUGGCUUGCAUGUGUUCCCCCCACCCAGGCUUACCCCUCUUUGGCUCUUUCUGUCAGUGUGGGUGGGAAAGGUGCUGUGCGGGCUUAAAGACACCCGCUCCUUCCUGUCUGUAAGGCCUAAGAGCGCAGGGACUCUUGGUCUACGCUAGAUCCUUCAGGCUAAUGUCACUGGAUGCUUUUCACUCCUUUUAGUUCACCUCUCUGGAUUUCGCAUGCUUGGAUGCUCUCUCUUAAGUGAACCCCUUUGCCCUUAGCUUCUAUGUCCUCCCUUCGUGUUCCUUCUCUCUUCUCAGGGGUCAGGAGACAGUUAAUGGUAUCGAUGAUGGGAGAAUAUGGAGACCCUUGGCACAAUGCACUCCAAACCUUCAGUGCCUGGCACGCAGAAGCCCCUGUACUUGUUACUCACCACCUGAGGUACUCGUGGGUUCCCAGGGAUCUCUGGUGAGGUCCCUCCUGGUUAGAGGUACCCUCGGUUGCCCAAAGUAUCUCAGGUCAUAUUUUCUCUGGGAUCACACUUGCUUGUGCUCCUCUGGCCCGAGGCUAGAAAACCGUGAGGUGAUCCUUCCUGAAAGCAACUUUGAGGCCCUCCUGUAGUGGAAGAAAAAACUGGAAAGAUUAGACCCAGAAACACAUCUCUCCCUGAGCUGGUAUCCUUGCUCUGACUUUUGGGACACCAACUACCCUUGAUUAUGGAAAGAAAGGUGAACUGGGUCCCUGUGAUCUUAGCAGCUAUGGGAGGGCAGAAAGAUAAUCUAGUAAGGAAAAUGCCAAAGUACAGGGUUUCUUACGAAUCACCUGGAGAUUUUUCAUUUCGUUUUGUUUUUGAAGGAGAUCGGUUUGGGAUGGAGGGCCCUCUGGAAACCUAGUGACUUUGCCUGCUCUGGACGACAGGCCAUCUUUCUUUGCUUUGGCGGAGGUGAGGGAUUCAUUCCUCCCUCUCCCUCACUCCCCACAGCUGGUCUAGUCAUCUGAUGUAAAUGCAGUGUUUGAGGUGAGAGGUGUCACAGGAGCAAUGAGAGAAGGCCUUAAAUGCUAGAGUAAGAACUUGCGUUGAAUGGGAGAUGGUUGGGGAGCCAACCAAGUGGAUGAGAUUCUACCUUCUAAACUCCUGGAGAAUCUGUCUGUCCUUCUCUUCCGCACCAUCCCAGCCUGGCUUAGGUCUCCUUCAGGUCUUACAGGAAUGUCUUCUGUGGCCGUGCCCCUCUACAUCACAGCUCAACACAGAUCUUGUCCAAAUUUUCCAGCGGUCAGAUCUGACCACCCCCCUGCUUAAAAUCUUCAUUUGUUCCCCACCUGUCCUCCAUUUAACCCAAGCUCUUACUCCAAGUGUUAGAGGCCCUCCCUAGUUGGCUCCAUAAACUCUCUAGCCUCAUCUCUUUUUCCAAACAUUUAACUACUAGAAGUUCCCAACAUUUCCCGCUCCCCCCGACCCUGGCCUUUGCACAGGCUGUGCUCUUUGCUUGGGAUGCCGUCCCCUCCUCCUAGCUACUUGUCAAAUACCCACAUGGUAGUUAACUUGGGAUCACCUCUCUCUAGAGCCUGCUGACUCCUUCCCUCCAGUAAUCACUCCUUCUUCAUGCCCCUUUGUUCUCCCAGUAGACUUCUACCUACAAACUUGUCUGCAUCCGGUCUGUCUCCUUCCCACCUAGAGGGGACGCUGCUGUUGCCAGGCUUCUGGUGUCUGUCACUGGCAAGCUGUCCUGGGCUGGACCUGCCACCAGCCCCAGUAAAUGCUGAAUGAAGGGAUGAGGGUACUGUUGGAACCUUCAUGCUCUAAGAUCUGGUGCACACAGUUGAAUGAAUUUGAAUAAAAAUACAAACAUUUCAAGAGCUGUUUGCUCCUGAGCAAGUCAUUUGAAUUCUGAACCUUCGUUUCCUCAGCUCAGCCCUAUACCUCUCAGGAUUCUAGGGAGUAACAUAUGUGCGGUACUUGGUACAGUGCCUGGCUUACUGUAGGGGCUCAAAUAUUUAUUAUCCUCUCAGCCAAGAAGCAGAGAAGGGAAAGGUGUUCAGUCAGUGCACAGGGCAUUAGAAGCAGGGGUGGAAGGGGAGGGGGUGGAAACCUGACACCCCACUGUGCCUGGGUUUCUAAAACUGCUGGACGCCUGCUAUGUCUUAGAGCAAAGUCAAAUUAGGUACAGCGGUGGGGGUGGCAGAUCAAGGGCCUGCCGAGGCCAAGCCCUCCCCGGGCUGUCAGAAUGGACCGGCCCUCAGUGACAUCACAGUCCUGAGGGGUUGCCAAGGCACUGCUGGAGGCGGGCCGUCAUUUCUCCCCACGGAGCUCUAGGAUGUGGAUGUGAGAAAGGUGAGCCAAGAAGGAAGAUGGCGACGAGGAGCAGCCCUAGCCCCAUGCCCCUGGGCACGGCUCAGGGUGAUCCCGGAGAGGCAGGAACACUGCCAGGUUCCGAUGCUGGCAUCCGGGACACGGGUCUGGUCACCCCGCUGAAGAUGAAGCCCAAGAAGGUGCGCAAGAUCAAGGCCCUCAUCAUUGACCUGGGCUCCCAGUACUGUAAGUGCGGCUAUGCCGGCGAGCCCAGGCCCACCUACUUCAUCUCCUCCACCGUGGGCAAGCGCUACUCAGAGGCGGCUGAUGCUGGCGACACCCGCAAGGAGACCUACGUGGGCCAUGAGCUGCUCAACACGGAGGCGCCCCUGAAGCUGAUGAACCCGCUCAAAUACGGCAUCGUGGUGGACUGGGACUGCGUCCAGAGCAUCUGGGAGUACGUCUUCCACACGGCCAUGAAGAUCCUCCCUGAGGAGCAUGCGGUGCUGGUCUCCGACCCCCCGCUCAGCCCCAGCAGCAACCGGGAGAAGUACGCGGAGCUCAUGUUCGAGACCUUCGGCAUCCCUGCCAUGCACGUGACAUCCCAGUCACUCCUGUCCAUCUACUCCUACGGCAAGACCUCGGGCCUGGUGGUGGAGAGCGGGCACGGCGUCUCACACGUGGUGCCCAUCUCGGAGGGCGACGUGCUGCCGGGCCUGACCAGCCGCGCCGACUACGCUGGGAGUGACCUCACCAACUACCUGUUGCAGCUGCUCAACGAGGCUGGCCACAAGUUCACGGACGACCACCUGCACAUCAUCGAGCACAUCAAGAAGAAGUGCUGCUACUCGGCACUCGUGCCCGAGCAGGAGCUCACCCUGUGCCUGGAGGACAUGCGCGUGGACUAUGAGCUCCCCGAUGGCAAGCUCAUCACCAUCGGCCAGGAGCGGUUCCAGUGCGCCGAGAUGCUCUUCAAGCCCAGCCUGGUGGGCAGCAACCAUCCCGGCCUCCCCGCGCUCACGGCCGCCUGCCUGGACCGCUGCCGGGAGGCGGGCUUCAAGGAGGAGAUGGCCGCCAACGUGCUGCUGUGUGGCGGCUCUACCAUGCUGGAUGGCUUCCCCGAGCGCUUCCAGAGGGAGCUGAGCCUCCUCUGCCCCGGAGACAGCCCCGUGGUGGCUGCUGCGCCCGAGAGGAAGACCUCCGUGUGGACCGGCGGCUCCAUCCUGGCCUCCCUGCAGGCCUUCCAGCAGCUCUGGGUCAGCAAGGAAGAGUUUGAAGAGCGGGGCAGUGCAGCCGUCUACAGCAAGUGCUGAGCGCCGGGGUCCCGGCGGGCGGGGCCUGGUGGGCAAGCGGCCUCCGGCCACUCUGCGCAUUUACAGAAUUUCUCAUAAAACUUCAAGUGCAGUG